AAAUUAAAACUAUGCACACCUUUUAUUAGAAAUAUAUUAUUGCUACUACUGUAUCAAUCUAAUCGUCUUUGGGUGGAUAGAUAAGCAAAUUAUGUGUAAAGAAGAUAUAUAUUGAUAGGUAGUUUUUAAAGUGUACAAUCACGCGAUAUGUGGUAGCUGGCCAAGUUGGCGGGUGUGUUUUUGGUAAAAGGAAAUAUCUGUGGUUAUCAAGGCAUGCUUAGCCCUUUUUCAAAAGACACAACGAAAAUUGUUCGAUACGACAUAAAUAGUAUUCCCCAGCAAGGAAGUCGCCGUUUUGUUAAAUUUAAAUAUUUAUUCGAUCCUUGAUAUUACUGCAUAAAAAUUUUAGAAUCGGUUUGUUGAAACGUAAAUAAAUAUGGCGGUGACGAAUAAUAACGAGAAAAAAGGCGGCUCUGUGAACAACAUUAACGAAAAAGAGAAGAAAGUGUCGAUAGCUAGCAACACCAUCAUCCACGAGAGACCCGAGAUCCGAAUAAGUGUCGCAUUGAGUCAGAAGAGUUCCCUGAGUCACAAAAAUUCAAUUGGUCAUAAAGGAUCCUUGGCAGAUGUGUAUUCAAAGAAGAGUUCCUUGGGUGAUAUAUAUUCUAUAUCUGGAGGAGCACCAGUAAUCCGGGACUUAGCCAGACGGUCUAUAGUGUCCAUACAAAGCGAAAAACAAAAGUUAGAAGAAGAAAAAUGGUACCAGAUUUUACUACAAGUGAGCGUACCGUUUUUUAUUGCCGGAAUCGGUACUAUCGGAGCUGGUAUCGUAUUAGAUCAAGUUAAGAGGUACAACGUAUUCAAAGAAAUCAAAGCGUUAUUCGUACUUAUUCCUGCGUUACUGGGCCUAAAGGGAAAUCUGGAUAUGUGCCUCGCUUCCAGACUGUCAACACAAGCUAAUUUGGGAAAUAUGGAAGAGAAAAAGAACGUUAUCAAGAUCGUUUCUGGAAAUAUUUUGUUAGUACAAGUUCAAGCGAUAGUAGCUUCCACUAUAGUUUCCGUAUUCGCCGUGGGAGCAUCGGCUCUAGUAAACGGGAAUUUCGAGUGGAUGCACACGCUACUUUUGGCCACUGCUAGCACACUCACUGCAACUAUGUCGUGUUUUAUUUUAGAUUUAGUACUUGUGACAAUAAUCACGGUUUCGAGGAAAUUCAAAUUGAACCCGGAUAACAUAGCAACGCCGAUGGCCGCCAGUAUUGGAGAUGUGGUUUCUUUGACUACGUUAUCAGUGUGGGCCAGGUUCCUAUUCAGUAUUCAUGUACUACCCGCAAAGUCCGCGAGAUUGCUGCUUUUGCUCUCUGUACCAGGCCACAUAGUUUUCGUCUACUUAGCCGACUUAAUCAACAGUAAAGGUAUUUCCAACAUCAACCCGUAUUUUCUUGCCACAUACGUCACUGUGGCAAUUCUUCAAAUUGUUUUACUGCUUUAUUUGUGCCACUUGCUCGUGCACACCAUGUGGAGACUCAGGAUAGAUCCCGACAACUCGUCCAUACCGUAUCUAACAGCACUCGGUGAUCUUUUGGGUUCGACUUUCCUUCUAGUAGGAUUCUUCUUUUUGAGAUCUAUUGGAUCGGAAUACACGCCAGUAGUAAACACUUGAAGUAUGAGAGAGCUAAAGCUGGAAAUGGAGAGAGUACAGAUGACGGAAAUGUACUGUGAAAUCACAUCGACAAACAGCACAUAUUAUCAGAACAUAUGCUUGGAUAAAAAGAAGUUUCAUUUGAGAGAGAAGAUUGCUGACUUUUGAGAAAUGUUUUUUAAAAUGUGAUAUAUGAUCAAGGGAAUUGAGUUCAUAAAAUCCCGUGAAAAGGUUGUAGGUUCCCAGCAAAUAGAC